AUGAUAGCAUUAGUCUAAUUUAUUGUCAUAUUUAUUGGUAUUUUAUUCUCGAAGCAUUACUUCAAUAAGAUUAUUGAGAAAUCUAAGGAAGAAUUAGAGGAAAAAAAGCAAGAAAAGCUAAAACUGCAACAAGAAUACGAACUUAGAUUAAAAUAAAAGAGAGCAGCAGAUAAAACACCUUAUGAAUUAAAACUUGAAGAAAUAGAAAAACAAGAAACAGAAAUAUAAAAUCUUUAAAAAGAAUCUGAACAAUAUAACAGCACAGAUAGUUAUGUUAAAUUUUCUAAAAUUUAAAGAUAAAUUUUGAAAAUUAAGUAAUAAUUAGAAAAAGAAAAGCAAUUAUUAGAAGAACUAAAAAUUUUGAAUGAUAGUGUUUGCAACACAAAUAAAGAAAAAGAAUGCUCUUAGGAGGAGAUUCAGUUGAAAUAAAAGUAAGAAGAAUUAACUAAAAAAAUAGAAUAAUUAGUCUCAUGCGAAUCUAAUACUAAAUAAAAAGAAAGAGUUAUUAAUGGUGCUAUGCCUUUAUUUUUUAUCUUUAUCUUUUAUAAUUUUCCUAUUGUUCUUAAUUUUGAUAUUUCCAAAACACUUUGGCCUCUUAGUAUUAUAAUAUCAGAUAUUGAAGGAAAUAAUAGUUUUUUUAGCAAAACAAUUUGGGUAUUUAUCUGCUUUAGAGUUGUUUCUAUAGUCAUAGAAUUUUAUUCUAAAAAAUAAAUUGUUAAUCAAAAUGAUAAAAAACAGAAUUGA